AAUUCUGGUAAAGAAUCUCAACUUUUCAAAUAUGUUAAAAUCUCUAAUUGUGAUCAACUUAAUUCUGUUAAUUAACAUGGUUCUCGCGGGUUUUUUCGCACAAUUUAAUCUUCGCCGUUGGUUAAUUAAGGACAAUUCCCGACGUAGGUCAAUGAUGAUGCCGAUGAUGAUGAAUUCGGGGAAAAGCUCAAAAGGUGAGGACGAAAGUGAAGAUUCUGAAGAUGAAUCAAUGGCCGAUUUUCCAAUGGAAAGUGUCAUUCAAGAUUCAUGGGGCUCGGAAUCAAGUCAAUCUAAUCAACAAUCGUCAUGUAAUUGUAAUUGUGGCGGUGGAGGAGGCAAGGGAAAGAAAGGUAAGAAAGGUAAAGGAGGUGGAGGGACAAUGGCGAUAGUUAUACCCAAGUAUGAAUAUUUUGACGUUCCAAUGGCAAAGGAAAUCGAAACUGAAAGUUUGGGUAAAGUCACUGAGAAAUCAGUGACUUCUGGUUGGGGCGAUAAAGGAGAUUCUGGAUGGUAAUCAACAAUUAGUUAAUUGUUCGUCGUUUAAUUACAAUCAUUUACAUGGAAAAUGAUCAAUGAGUAAAGAAAUGGAACUUGGUUUUUAAAUAGAAAUUGAAAAUUCAAGAAUAAUCAAAAGUACAAAUCAUUAUAACGAUUUAGCUUCAAAGUUAAUCACGAAAUAAAUUGAUUAAUCAAAUUGA